AUGAUCGAUUUUGGCAUCGACGCGCCGUUCGGCAAGCGCGAUGCCAUCGAUGAUGGGGAUCCGAAUCCCCGCGGCGAGAGUCUCGCUCAUCUGUCCAUCAUCUUCGUGUGCCUAGCUGGCUUCUUUGUCAUCCUGCGGCUGUUUACGAGAUACUUUCACACAAAAGCCUUUGGAGCCGACGAUGCCUUGAUUGUGGCGGCGCUGGCUCUCGCUUGUUGCAUGACAGCCGCUUACAACGGAGAAGCUGGAAAUGGGUUUGGACUUCACAGUACCCAGAUCGAUGCGCAUCACAAGAUCCUAGCCUUCAAGUGGUUCUUUGCCGCUCAGAUCCUAUACAAGGUCACGACAUGCCUCACAAAGAUGUCCCUGGGCAUGCUGUAUCUACGCAUCUUCCCGGACCGCAAGUUUCGCAUCGCCGUCGUCAGCGUCAUGGCGGUAACCGCCGCUUACACGCUGGCCGCAGUGCUGUUGACAAUCUUUGCCUGCAAGCCCAUCGAAAAGUCCUGGAAUAAGACCUUGCCUGGCGUUUGCGUCAACUCGAUUAGCAUCUGGUACUCAACAUCCGUCUUGAACAUUAUCACGGACAUUUUGAUCAUCGGACUGCCAAUCAACGAGAUUCGACGACUCCAACUGCCGCUGGUGAAGAAGUUGCUGCUUUGCGCACUCUUUAGUCUCGGUAUUUUCGUUAUUGCUUGUACCGUUAUACGAAUGAUUACUGUGUCACCACAGACGACAGCUUCGGAUCAGACUUAUUAUCAAGCCGUAUCCAACAGCUGGACGUUUGUCGAGACCAAUGUCGGGAUUAUUUGCGCUUGUCUACCGAUUGUCUGGGUACCUCUCACAAGGCAGGUGCUUCGAUGGCUAGGACUCGGAGGAGAGGAAACAACUGUCACGAGCAAGUCCGGCCAGGUCUAUGCCCUCGGAUCACACAACCAUGUCAGCAGCGCUCGAGCGCGCACCAGUCGUCGUGACGCCGAGGGUGAUAGCGUGGAGGAGCUCAUGUUUGACGGAAUCAAGAUGACGAGGAGGUUUAGUGCUCAUGUAACGGAGGAAGAUCAGAAUGCGAAACCAGCAACUCCAGCCGACGAUCGGCCUUGGGAAAAGAUCCCCAAGCCGCGCUCAUAAUAUAACUACUUGUAGUGUUUUCUU